CUUCGCGGAGCUGUUUUCUUUUAUCUGAGGUUGAGUCAAAUUCACCUUCCACCAUAGCGAGUCUAAUUCAAAAUUGUGUUUUCUUCCUAUUGCCCACCAAAUAUAUUUUACUAUGUUGUUAUGUCUGUUCACAUACAAAAUAAUGAUCAAGCGGUACAAGGCGCCGGCCGGCCGGUGUGCGGCGGCGUAGAGAAGAAUCUACCAAAUCACUUCAAUUGCUUUGGCUUUGAAAAUUAUAGAUUUUGUGGAUUUCUCCAGGAUCCCAUCAUCAGAUCUUGGUGAUUAGCGUCGCUCAUAGAAUUCAGCACUGCUAGGGGCAGAGCCAAGCCGCUGCCUACCGUUGAGUACUCUCCACAAGCCUCGUUUGAAGAAGGACAUGUCACAGCGCUCGAGAAACACCGUGGAGGGAAGCUCAUUCCAAAGCCAGAAGUAAUUAUGAAGUGUUUGAAGAACGGUUGCAGUGCUUACACCCAGGGUCCCGCAGGAGUGGCUUUUACAAAUCUCAUCACACACUUCCUAACCACACAAUGUUUGAUCACCGAGAACUGGCCUGAAGACAGAUCUUACAGCUUAACAAAUGGAGAUAUGUUCGAUUUCAUCAUCGUUGGAUCUGGUACUGCUGGUUCUCUACUGGCUAGCCGACUGACUGAAAUUGAAGAGUGGAAGGUGCUGCUGAUAGAAGCCGGUGGGGAUCCUCCCUUAGAGAGUAUUAUUCCAAAUUACUCUGGGGCAACACACCGAAGUUCUAGCGCGUUUCAGUAUUACACUGAAAUAGAUGAGACCACUAAUAAAGGAAGUCGCAACGAAAGGUCUUACUGGCCUCGCGGAAGAGUUCUCGGAGGAACAGGAUCCAUCAACGGCCUCCUCCAUAUGCGUGGCAGUCCGGAAGACUAUAAGCCUUGGGCAGUAAACGAAGGUUGGGAUUGGGAAACAAUAAAAAAAUAUUUCAUGAAGAGCGAGCGAAUGAUCGACCCUUUCAUUCUCAACAAUCCCGAACUAGCGAGAAGCCAUGGCCUUGAUGGUGAAUUUGUGGUUGAUCAAUUAAACUUUACUCAUUCUGAAAUAGUUGAUAAAUUGACACAGGCUUAUCAAGAGCUAGGCUUGAAAUUUAUAGAUGAUUUAAAUGGAGAUUCUCAAAUGGGGGUGGGAAAGAUUCGCGGCGGGAAUCAUAAAGGUAAAAGAGUUAGUACAGCAUCAGCCUUCUUGAGUCCAAUAAGAGAAAGAAAGAAUUUGUACGUUUUGAAAAAAGCUUUUGCCAGGCAUAUAGAUAUAGAGCAGCCAUCCAAAAUAGCUAAAGGUGUAACAGUUUCUUUGAGUUAUGGUAAUGUAGAGACGUAUUUUGCUAAAAAAGAAGUUAUAGUAAGCGCAGGAGCAGUCAAUACGCCAGCAUUACUAAUGAUAUCCGGUAUAGGACCCCAAGAGCAUUUUAAAGAACUGAAGUUUCUUAAACAUUUAGUCAAUCUACCUGUCGGAAGAAAUUUACAAGAUCAUGUAAGGAUACCUAUACCAGUUACGCUUAAUACUGGAGCCAAAGCAAAAACGGAGGAAUAUUGGCUUAAAGCUACAGCGGAGUACAUUCUGCAUCAAACAGGGCCUCUUGCUACUAAUUACGAUCAACCAAACAUCAACGCCUUUCUUUCGGUACCUCAUGGUAAAACUCAACCUGACGUGCAAAUAGAUCAUAAUUAUUUCGUCCCAAACACAUCCUAUGUAUUUACAAUGUGUACAGAGAUAAUGUCAUUUAAAGAUGAAAUUUGUCAGCAAUUUAGUGAUUUUAAUACAGAAAAAGAAAUGAUAAUAUUUUUCGUGUCGCUUUGUAGGCCGCACUCGAGAGGUAAAAUUGAGUUAAGAGGAAUCAAUGCAAUGGAACAUCCUAAAAUAUAUUCAAAGUAUUUUAGUGAUGCACGUGAUAUGAAAACCUUUAUUGGGGGGAUAAAGAAAGUAACCGAGAUAGUAAAAACACCAACGUUCCGUGAUAUGGACGCUAAAUUAAUGAGAAUUAAUUGGAGGGAUUGUGAUGGGUUUGAGUUUGAGAGUGACGAGUAUUGGGAGUGCAUGGCUAGAACUGUUACUUAUAAUGUUUAUCAUCCCGUCGGAACUGCUAAAAUGGGGAAACCUAAUGACCCAGAGGCAGUAGUUGACAAUAAACUGAAGGUUUACAGUGUGAGAAAUUUAAGAGUGGUAGACGCUAGCGUAAUGCCUACAAUACCCAGUGUCAAUACAAAUGCAGCUGUUAUGAUGAUUGCUGAAAGAGCCGCUGAUUUGAUUAAAGAAGAAUACGCAACUACAGUUAAUACCAUUAAAAAGGACGAAUUGUAAAUUUUACUUUUCUUUAAAAAAUUACACUGGCAGCCACCAUUUUCUUAUAGCUUACUAGCCGUGAUCACUCCUGAAUAUAAUUAAAUAUUGACAUUAGAUAGACAAAUAAGUAAAAUUUUGACAUUAAAUUCUUAUCUUAUCUUUCAGCCGACACACGUUGAGUCCUGGACAUAGGUCUCUCCCAAGCCUCGUCACAGUUGUAUUUUAAAGCUACGACACAUUAGACCACUAAAACAAAAUUAGUGUCCUCUCAUAAAAUGUAAUAAAACUCUUCAUAUGCAAAUGACGUGCCAAUUUGAUUAAAUGUCAACAUCUUGACAUAAAAUGAUCUUUAUAAGGAAAUGUUUAAAUAUCUAAUCAUAAUUCAUAUUUCCUUAAUUGAGUUUACAGUGAAACAUAAUUUGGCAUCUGUUUAUAUUAUAAAAGAAGGUAUAUACCCAAUCGAUGUAAAUUCAGUGGCUAUUCAAUUUUAUGUUGUGCUUCGGAACAAAGACGCAUUACAUCCCACCGUAAUAAAUUAUUACCCAAAAAAGUGUUGUCUAAACGACGAUGGAUUCGAAGAUUGUAAUUUAGCUGUAUUCGGUGGUCAAAGUUAUUUAAAACCAAAAGAAAAUAAAACAUUAUUUUUUGUUUAUCCUACGCUCUUUCCUUACAAUCAAAUUGGCCAUUGCCAUUUUAUUUUGGAGUCUAAUUAUUAUGGAAUAAAAAAGCGGUCUUCUAUCGAAUGGAUUAGAGAAUUCGACACACGUUUCAUAAGAAAAAAUAGUCUGUUUAAAAAUCUCGGAAGACAUAAAAAUUGUGUUAGCUUGGAUUUAGAUCCACUGGAAAAUUGCGAUCCAGUAAAUUGUGAUCAAAAAUACAACGGAGAAAGAUCAUAUUUUGAUGCGAAAAUCAAUAGAUGCAUUAAGAUUCCUAUAUGUGUUAUGGACCCCACAAAAGAUUUACCAGAUGUGGUUUACGAUCCUACAAGCAAUACCUGCAAAGAUCUGGGUGAUUCUUUCAAUGUCGCUGAUGCCUAUGCCAUUAGUUCGCAAUAUGGUGUAGUUGUUGAACCCACUGUUACUGAGAAAUAUAAAGUUCCAGUCAAAUCUAACUGUACGACCAUUUCACAAAAUUUGCAAUUAUUAAGAGAUUUAAUGUAUGGAAAGUUAUAUUCUACCGAUGAUCUAACAACAACGGACUACACGGCAGUGUGUAAGUCUGCAAUUAUUACAAUUUUAACUUGCAUUGUAAGUCUUUGCAUCUUUCUAUUGUUCCUUGUGUUUUGUAUGAACGGAGUCAUGUGGUUAUCCAAGAAAAUAUCUAGUGGUGAUCUGAAAAAGUAUUUUGAAGAUUUGAGGUCAAAACUAAAAAAACCCAAGUUUCCAGAUUGCAUGACUAAAGUGUCAAAGGUAAACAAAGAAGUUACGAAUAAGCUAUUAAAAGAUGUGAUUGUCUCAGAUCUGCCUAUUGAAUUAAGAGAGAGUGCUGUGGACAUUUGUGAGAGAAUAGGCAAAGAAGUUAAAAGGAAGAAGAGGUAUAGGAUGGUUGAUAUAGGAAGUCAAAUAAGCUUGAUGGAAGCCCAGGCUGAAAGUUCAUCUAGUUCAUAUGAUAAUGAAUAAAUUUCUCCACAAAUUG